ACAAGCGGGCACCACCUUUCAGGACCAGAAAGGCACUGGUGGCCCCAUUAAACCUUCAGGUACCCGGAGAGGAGAUCCAGCCUUCAGCAUGAAACUGCAGCUGUUCGCCUGCCUGGCUGCCUGCUUUGUUGGGGCCUGGGUGCCGGUUGUCCAUGCCCAAGGUGCCUUUGAAGACUGCUGCCUGGGUUACCAGCCUAGAAUCAAAUGGAAUGUUCUGCGGCAUGCUAGGCAUUAUCACCAGCAGGAAGUGAGUGGAAGCUGCAACCUCCGUGCUGUGAUAUUCUACUUCCGCCAGAAAGUAGUAGUGUGUGGGAAUCCAGAGGACAAGGAUGUGAAGAGGGCUGUGAAGAUCUUAACAGCUAGGAAGCAGCCAGUCCACAGUCCCCAGAAGAGCACCUCAGACUAUCCAACCGAAAGGAAGAAGUCAAACUACAUGAAGUUCAAGGUGGAGAACCCCAAGGGCACAAGGAUGAGGAAUGCCACCCUGGGUCAUCCCAGGAUGGUGAUGAUGUCCAGAAAGACCAACAAUUAAGUUAAGUUACUCAGAGUAAGCAGCAGCUGGAGGAUGGGAGGAGUCCCCUGAGGAGCUGUCUUCUAGGCACCACAGUGCCAACGAACUCACUGAAGCUACAGUUACCUGUACAAGACCGGAUCCACCAACGUCUCAGCGCGUAUGAGUAAGGACCUACCUAUGCUAAAGGCCCUACCACUCACCAAGGAGCUAUUGACUGUUGAUGGUUACUGGGAGAAGGGAGUCUUUUUUUUUUUUUUCCUCCAAAGUGUGGCUUGCCCGUAGUCCAGUAUAUAAUCCCCUAUCUUCGCUCAGACAAGCAACCCUAAUUAAAUGCAAUGGCCAUAUACAAAAGGACAAAGGUUUGACUGGUUUUGGGGGCGGGGGAGCUUGUUAGGAAGAAGACAUUAACAGGAGAGAGAGGAACUAGAGAUCACUGAGUGUGUGAAAAUGGUCAAAAUGCAUACAUAUGUGAAAUGGUCAAAGAAUUAAAAAAUAAAAAUUUAAAAAGCUAUAAAAAAGUGAUUACUUACAGUGAUGUGUGGUGUAUGGCAUGCCCUCAGGGGGUUAGUGCCUAUACUUCUGACUUAACCUGCUAUAAAUCAAGGUUCCUGUGACUCCUGUCAACACUCCGGAAAGCACUGUCUUUAUAUUUCUUAAUUAUUCUAUAGGAUGUUACAAAGGCUAUGGAUGAUCUAGAAUUGGUGUUGCUCAAGGAGUCUACAGUAGGAUAAUCACAUGCUUGAGACCAGCCUGGGCUACAGUGCAAGUUUGAGGCUAGCCUGGGAUAAAAAACAAAAACCUAUCUCAAAAAAAAAAAAAAAAAAA